AGGGGAGGUGGCCUAGCAAUUUGUAUACACAGUAGUAUACAAUACAAGAAAAUAAAUCUUAUUGAAAGUCAGAAUAAUAAAAUAGAAAAAAUAGCUAUGAAAAUUAGCUACAAGAAUAAAUGGUUAGAUUUAAUUUUGAUUUAUAAUCCAUGUAAUAAAAUAGAAGAAAGAGAAUUAGAUCAUUAUAUUGAACAAUUAGAUAACCCAAAGUUAAUAAUAGGUGAUUUUAAUGCCCAUCAUUCAUCAUGGAACCCUAAUAUAAAAACAAAAAUGACAAAUACAACGGGAAUAAAUUUAUUUAAUUAUAUAACUCAAAACAAUCUGAUGUUAUUAACACCUACGGGAUUAAUCACAAGAAUAGAUCCUAAAACAGGAAAAGGUACAACCAUAGACUUAGUAAUAGGUUCGCCCGAACUAAGUCACUUGGAAAUAAAAACUCUCUCAAACUAUGGUAGUGACCAUCUCCCAAUUGUAAUAAAAGACUGCACUAAUAAAAACGAAUCACAUAUAACAGAAAAAAAAUGGGACUUCAAUAAAGAAGGUUGGAGAUUUUUCAAAGAAGAAAUAGAGAAAAAAGACCUCAAGGACAUGAACUCAAUAAAAGAUAUACUAGAAUUAAUAAAAAACACAGGCAAAAAAUAUUUCAUAUUUGACAAUAAAUCAAACAAAAACAAACCAAGCAAACCUUGGUGGAAUAAAAAGUGUAAAGAAAUAAUAAAACAAAGAAAUAAAGCCUUUAACAGAUGGAGGAAAAACCCAAAUGACAUAAAUAGAUAUGAAUUCAAAAAACUUCAAACUAAAGCGAGAACCAUAAUUGAAACAGAAAAAAAGAAUAGUUGGGAAAACUUUUGUUCGUCUCUGGAUUUUAACACUCCAUCCAGAAAAAUUUGGAAAUUCAUUAAAAAACUAGAUGGUAAAAACAGAACAAACACUUAUCCACUAAUUGUUAACAACCUUCCUAUACAAGACACAGAACAAAAGCUAGAAGUCCUAAAAGGAGAAUUCCAAAAAUCAACAAACAAAAAAACAAAAAGAUUGCUAACAAAAACUGAAAUUAAGAACCUGACAGAAAAAACAAAAACUGAAGGAAUAAGCAAAAAUCUAACUCUAAAAGAAUUAAUUUCAGUAAUAAAAAAUCAAAAAACAGAAAAGCUUAUGGUCCUGAUGAAAUUCCAUAUGAAUUCUUUAAGUAUUGUCCCCAAAAUAUGUUAG